AUGGACGACGAUGAAUUUGACGACGAGUUUGGCGACAUCGCCGAUGAGGACAUGAUAUUGGCCCUCACUCAAGCUACCGACUCGGCUGCGGCCUCGUCGAAUGAGCAGGCCAACCAACCACGCAGUUUUGGCAGUGGUCCCCGCCCCCCUCUUCCCAGGCCAUCAACACAAUUCUCCAACUCCGUCAAAGCCCCGCCUUUACAACCGCCCUCUCAUCGGCAGCCCAUAGCCCGAGCUCCAGGCUCAUUCAGCAGGAAUCCGGCUCCGGGAAAUACCAGGCAUGGGUCUCUGAAUACCUCGCCUGCAAACGCCUUUGAUACCUCACCCAAGAGACCCAACCCACCCAGACCGUCAGCCCAGACUCAAGCCCAAAUCCAAGCCCAGAACUUGCGCCAGACUACCUUAUGGGGAACAACAAUCCAGGAAGAUCGUGUGGCAGGAUCGCAGGCGCCUAACAGUCGCCCAUUCCGUGCCGAUCUCCCGCCCGAAACCCCAACGCACCACGAGCUUCAGCAUGACGAGUUGUCAACCUGGGUUUAUCCCCUGAACCUCGGCGCCAUUCGAGACUACCAAUUCAGCAUCGUGAAGAAUGGUCUCUUUCACAACACGCUGGUGGCCCUCCCCACUGGCCUAGGCAAGACCUUUAUUGCUGCUACCAUCAUGCUCAACUAUUUCCGCUGGACCAAGCGCUCCAAAAUCGUUUUCGUGGCACCCACGAAGCCCCUCGCAUCUCAACAAGUCCAGGCCUGUCUCGGAAUUGCCGGUAUCCCUCGGUCACAGGCAACACUCCUCACGGGCGAGACCCCUCCAGUCCUGCGGCAGGGGGAGUGGGAGAGCAAACGGUUGUUCUUCAUGACCCCACAGACCCUGAUGAACGACUUGUCUAAAGGAUAUGCCGAUCCCAAAUCCAUUGUUCUUCUUGUGGUCGACGAGGCUCACCGCGCAACUGGGGACUACGCCUACGUCAAGGUCGUCGAGUUCAUUCGGCGCUUUUCCAAAAGCAUCCGGAUCCUUGCGCUGACUGCCACGCCCGGGUCAACGGUGGAGGGCGUGCAGGAUAUCAUUGACAACCUUGGUAUUUCCCACGUGGAAAUCAGGACCGAGGAGUCGAUCGACAUUCGUCAAUACGUACAUUCACGAAACAUUGACACGGUAACAUUCGAUCCCUCGGACGAGAUGCACGAAGUGAGGGGCUUAUUUUCCAAGGCUCUCAAGCCCCUGGUGGAUAAGCUGAGCGCGCAAAACAUAUACUACGGCAGAGAUCCCAUGAACUUGACAACAUUCGGGCUGCUCAAAUCGAGGCAGGAAUGGUUGGCCGGGCCUGGUGGACAUGCAAACCAGGGUGUGAAAUUCAUGAUGAUGGCCGUCUUUAGCAUCCUGCAGAGUCUGGCCCACUUGAUCAAGCUGCUCAACUUUCACGGCAUCAAGCCCUUCUACAACGGCCUGGCUGAGUUCCGGUCUAGCGAGGAGGGCAAACCAGGACAGGGCUCAAAACUCAAGCGGCAGCUCCUGGCCGACGAGAGCUUCCAGAGGAUGAUGGCCCUGAUCGAACGUUGGAUGAGAAUGGAAGAGUUUAACGGGCACCCGAAGUUGACAUACCUUUGUGAGACCCUCGUCAACCACUUUAUCGACGCGGGCGAAAACUCCAACACAAGAGCCAUUGUCUUUAGCGAGUACCGCGACAGUGCCGAAGAGAUUGUUCGCCUUCUCAACAACCAGCCGCUUAUCCGUGCCACCGUAUUUGUGGGACAAGCGGAUUCAAAGAGGAGCGAGGGCAUGAAGCAAAAGCAGCAAAUCGAGACCAUCGAGAAGUUCAAGAACGGCGGUUUCAACGUCCUUGUGGCUACUUCGAUUGGUGAGGAAGGUCUUGAUAUUGGCCAAGUCGACCUAAUCGUUUGUUACGACGCUUCCGCCUCGCCGAUCCGCAUGUUGCAGCGGAUGGGGCGCACAGGCAGGAAACGCGCAGGUAACAUCGUGCUGCUGCUGAUGAAAGGCAAGGAGGAGGAAAAGUUCCUGGAGGCGAAGGACAACUACCAGAAAAUGCAGCAGCUCAUCUGCAACGGCGACGGCUUCACCUUUCGUCACGACCUCUCCACAAGAAUCGUGCCUCGAGAUAUCAGGCCCGAAGUUGACAAACGGCACGUCGACAUUCCCAUUGAGAACUCCCAAAAUACUUCCCUUCCCGAGCCGAAAAAGACUGCGGCGGGUCUAAGGAAAAAGGUCGCCAAAAAGAAGUUCAAUAUGCCCGACGACGUAGAGACAGGCUUCGUGAAUUUGAAAGCCUCGUUCUUCGGCCAGCCCGCCGAACGGGCUGCCAAUAUCCCCAAACCGCCCGCCGAAACCGACUUCUUAGUCGAAGUGCCUCCGCUAGAGAAGGUUCUGCUGAGCAAAUCACAAACCGAACGCUUCGAGAGAUUGUACAAAACACUCCCGAAGACACCGUUCGACAAAGUCCAAGAGCUCGGCUUCGAUGACAUCAACCUCGGAGCCCAUCCAGCUUCUCAAAGAGUGCUGCGACGUACCGUCAGCCUCAAGCACGGCCAGUACACGAGAAAAUGUGUGAAGUUGUUUAGGACUCUAGGGGAAUCACAAGAUCCCCUAGAAAGGUAUACUCAGCCGUAUGGCGAAAUAGAUACAAUGUCGUGGAAACAGCUGCCAGUCCCGGCCAUUCGCAGACGAGGCUCCGGGCAGCCCGCUAAACAAGGCCCAGGCUACAGCUCGGUAUCAACAAACAGCGUGCAGGCAGCAAGUUGCCAGCGGCUCGAAAGACAGAUAGCAAGCCUCACUAGAAAACGUAUAUCGGAAUCGAAUUACUUUAGCGAAUGUGAGGAGGCGGAAGAAGACGAAGAUGAAGCGGAAGAAACUGCAACCGAAGGGACGACACCACAAGGACGCGGUGGCCGUGGUCGGGGCGCAGCCAAAAGGGGCCGGGGAGGGUUCAAGCGGGCCCACGAUCAUAUCGAAGACUUUGGGGACGAUUGCACCCGAACGAGUGACAUGGAAGAGACAGAUGGCUCCGACAGCGGCGCCGACCUGGACGAUUUCAUCGUCGGAGACGACGUGUUUUCGUCCAGCAACUGGCAAGGGUCAAACGAUCCUACGACGCCCAGCUCGUCGCGUCUCAGCCUGCGCCACCGGCGCACAGAACAGGUCACGGCCGAAGAGAAACCGUUCUACGAACCGCCCGAGUUCGGUUCGACCCAGGACUCGGACGACGAGAUGCCCGACUUGGCCGAGCUCGUUGCUAAGAGCGCGAAGAAGCCGGCCGGGCCAUCCAAGCCGAGAGUGGCCCCCCCGGCGGACGAGGAUGGCGAGGAUGAUCUGCCCCAACUGUCCCCGCGCAGACCGCAAGCGAAGAGGAGGCGACAAGUGCUGUCUGACAGCGACGAUGAUGACACACCUUAG